AACAACUUUAACUUUUUCUCGAUCCGGAGGUAUACUUCCAAGGUAAAAUUCACCAGCUACUUCAGGGAAACCAAACACUGAAAGACGAGGCUGGAAAAGAAGUGCUGGCCAGUAAGGAGAGAUAGAGACUUGCCGGAGCGCAUUUCAAGAUAUAGGGCUCGUGAGGCUGCUGCUGCGAUUGCGGUAAACUUUUGUUGUUGUCUUUGCGUUGCCAUGGUGCGGAAUUUAUUUGCUAACUUUCACUAUACGAAAGGUUAAGACGAGCUUUCAAGACAACAAAGAUCACUGAAAAAAGUGUAAGACAAAAGAGAGACCAGCUUGAAAGGAGGAUUACUCAAACUGGAUGAAGCUCAGAGGUGUUGGAAUAAAGCUCUCCCAGAGUCAAGCAUGUCAACAGAUGGAAAAUCACAAUGUGGACCACAAAACUCAUGAACCUUCUGUUCAGCAUGUCAUGGCAAACUGGGUGAUGGAGCUGAGCAAACAGCAGAAACACAGUGGAGAGUCUCCCCUUUUCACAGAGCAGCUGCUGUCUUCAAGUAAGGAUGAGCAGCUGUCAGGUCAGCCCCCAUCUCAGAGCCUGAAGCCAUUGAAAGCAAGGACAACUUCACCUGAAGGGCAGCUUUUCUACAGACCAGGGAGAUCACAUAGAUACCUUCAGGCCAGUGUGUCUGAAUCAACUGCAUAUGAGCUCACAGAAAAAUCCAGACCACAAAGUGCAACUCUUAACCCCCUACUGGGUCGACCCACUAGAUCUAGCCUUUUGAGGAUAAAACAUCUUGCAUUGUCGGCGGCCUGUAACACUUCUGUAAAGGAAACAGCCCUUCAGUCUCCAAAGGACCACGUGAUCAGAGGCACAGCUCAGCACAGGAAAACGCUGCAAGCCGUGUCUACCUCUGCAGGAGAAAACAUCCAUUCAUUCCUGAUUGGCGCUCGAUAUAACAGAGAAAGGAUCAUAGACUUUGUUGCUGCAGACAAAUUUGGACUGUAUUUAUGUCGCACAAACCCUAGUCAUAGCUUCUUGAGAUACAGCAACAUCAAUAUUGCAGAAGUCAUCAAUAGAGUUAGUGUUCAUAAUAUAGAAGAGACCAACAUGGCAAACACCACAGAAGAAUGCCAGAACAACCUGCUAAACUUGUCAAAAAGUCCCAUUGCCCGGAUCCAGGAAGCAUGGGAAAGACAUUCUAAAAAUCAGAAGGAUGAGGAUGACCAGAAACAUAAGCAUAUGAGGAGAGAUGAACAUGGACAAACUAAUUUUCCCGCCUUGAAAAUGCACAUCACAGCUCUUCCAGUGCACUCCAAAAGCAGCCUGAGAGAGUCAGGUCACAGACAUAAACAUUUGGUGGUCAGGUCUAAGGUUGAGGACUUAAGUAACAACACAAUCAAAUUCACAUCUCCUCCCGAAAACCAGAAUAAUAACUCUUCAGGUUUGCUGGUCAGAGUCAUAAAGCCUUCAAAAUCGCAUUUACUAUCUGAGGCGUGUGGUGGCAGUCAGCCAAAGAGCAGUCUGUAAGCUUAAAAAGGGAAGCUCAUUCAUCAGAAAAUAGACUACAGACAAUAUAAGGCAGGACAAGGGUCACACAAACUGGAGAGAGUGUUUUAUUAAACACUAAUCAGUACAAAUACAUAUACUCUUUAAAGGCCAAAUCAUUCUGCCCAGCAGCAUAUCACUUCAUUUUAUUUUCAGUCUGAUUUUCAUGUUGCUUCCUAAUUAGUCAGGCUGCUUCUGAACAGCCCAGUUGGGAGGACACAUCAAACUUCAACAAACUGAGACGAUAAGUAUCACAAGUCCUAGUCAAAUGGUAGAAAAUAUGCUUUCGCUUUGAAACUUAUGGAAAUCUGAAGUCUAAUGAAUGCUCAGGGUGUCAGCUUUUACCCUACUGGCAGAGAUGCUGGAACUGCUGCCAUACUGCAUCCAUGUUAGAUUGUCAAAUACAUUUAUUUGUUCCACAGCUUCCACAACUAAAAUCAAUGUACUGUUCAUGUCAGUGCCCUGAAAAAGACACUGCGGUGCCUUUUAUCCUGCUUAGGCAGCUAUUGGAUCUCAAAUGGGUUGUUCUCUAGGAGUGUGAUUCUUGGACAUGUGCAGUCAAUGCAAUGCAUGGCUGAUCUGAGU